AUGUUCCGCAAGCCGAGGACCGACACAACAGAAAGACAUGGAGAGGUCCUAGGCAGAGCGCCUACRCCGCCAGGGACGCCUGCGAAGACACCCUGGAAGCUGGCAAUCCCGCCUGCUGUACCGCCACCAAAAAUCAUGGCYGCAAAGACCAAACCGAAGAAGCAGACCCCGCUACCGACGAUUGGUAGACAAGGGCCUAGCAGUACGAAGAAGACGACCUCAAAGGUGAAAUUGGCUGGGAAGGGCAAUAGCAGCAUUCUCAGCUUUUUUAAGAAAUCAGAGGAGAAUGAGGAUGCGGGGUUGUUUGUGCAGGACCACACGCCAUACGCUGCUCAGAAUGGAAGUGUAAAUGGAGACGAUCGCUCGGACGAAGGUGGUAGACCUGAGGACGAUGCGGAAGAGGCACGUUUCAAUGAGAAUGGUGGAUCUGUCAAGCGACGAAGAACGAGUGGGGGAAGUGGCGAUGGGCAGUCCACUGCUAAUGAGAAAGCAUCAACGGCGACCGGAGGCGAUGAUGGCGCCCGUAAAGCCGGCCCGUUCUUCGAGGAGAGUGACAGUGAACAAGAGGAGGAGGAGCCAGAUGCCAUCAUUGGGCUGGAAGGAGGAGCCGAAGGUGGUAUGGUUGCGGGCGAGAUGCCACGGCAGUUCGCAGUCAGCCUAGAUGAACCACAACACACCGCUCCUGUAGCUCCCGCGUACGGUUUCAUUACAGCGCCGACCCUCUUUAAAGAAGAGACCAGCUAUGAGCCCGGCUUGGGCGAUUUCGCAGACUUUGAGGACGGCGACUUUGACGAGGAUCCAUACGAAGGAGGCGAUGAGUUCAUGGAGCGAAGAUACAUGGAAGAGCAAGCGAGACUGGACGUAGAAGACGACGAGAAGGACUACGACGGCCCUUUCGAUGAAGAUGACGAGGCACAGGAUUCCGAGACGACAGCAACGAAGAGUUCAAGCAGUACAGACUCCAGCUGUCCGAUAUGUAGCGUAAACCUCAACGGCAUCAGCGAGCAGGAUGCGGGCGUCCAUGUCAAUAACUGCUUGGACGGCAACCCGACGCCCCUUCCAGAGUCGAAGAAGCCUUCACAAGGACAACUUGGGACAGAAAUGCCCAAGCAAGCCGUUCCAGCGAAUAGAUUCAAGCGGCAAGGCCGUCCACCCAAGGAAGGCCAAGCCAGCCCAUUCACACUCGGCCAGCUCAGCAGUGUUACCAGCGGCGGGUCAGCAUUCACCAAACUGAUGUCUGGUCACGCCGAGGACGCUGCCUGGGCCGAAGCGGCAGCGGCGGAACAUGCUUCCCGUGGCAAGCCUGCGUAUACACGGACCUGUCCUUUUUACAAGAUUCUGCCCGGUCUCUUCAUCUGCGUGGACGCUUUCCGCUACGGCGCUGUCAAAGGCUGCAAUGCCUACUUCCUCAGCCAUUUCCACAGCGAUCACUACAUCGGACUUUCAGCUUCUUGGAGACAUGGUCCAAUAUACUGCUCAAAGGUCACGGCGAAUCUGGUAAAGCAACAAUUACGAGUCGAUCCUCAAUACGUCGUAGCCCUGGACUGGGAAGUUCCUUUUGAGAUUCCUGGUACCAAAGGGGUCAUUGUCACGAUGAUCUCAGCGAAUCACUGUCCUGGAAGCUCACUCUUCCUGUAUGAAAAGGUGGUCGGUAAGAAGGCCAACGGAGAACCUCGUCAACAACGCAUUCUGCAUUGCGGUGACUUCCGCGCGUGUCGGAUGCACGUCGAGCACCCGCUGCUCAUGCCAAACGUCAUGGACAAAGUCACCGGUAAGACCAAAGAGCAGAAACUGGAUGUCUGCUAUCUUGACACGACGUACCUGAACCCGAAAUAUGCUUUCCCGGAACAGGAGGCCGUGAUCAAAGCAUGCGCUGACAUGUGUGUCUGUUUGAGCAAAGACACACCAGAUGAAACGGACGGCUGGGAGCAAAUGAAGGUCCAGAGAGCCGGAAAGGGUAUGGCGAAGUUCAUCCAAAAGGAGAGCCGCUCGGACGUCAAGGAAGAGCCCGUCAACGAGGACGAGGUCGACAAUAUCAAAAUCGAGAAGAAUCCUCAUGGAAGCCAACAAAUUCUGUCCACUAUCAACGAGAAGAAAGGCCGUGGCCGCUUGCUAGUAGUUGUUGGAACAUACAGCAUUGGCAAAGAACGCAUAUGUCUGGGUAUAGCUCGAGCGCUGAAUUCCAAGAUCUACUCACCUGCUCACAAGCAACGCAUUGUAGCCGCAUUGGAAGAUCCGGAGCUAGAUGCACUCAUGACCAAAGAUCCGCGCGAGGCACAAGUCCACAUGACACCUCUGUCGGAAAUCCGUGCAGAGACCCUGGACGAUUACUUGCGAGACUUUUUCCCGCAUUUCACUCGUGCCGUGGGAUUCCGUCCUAGCGGCUGGAACUAUCGCCCUCCGAAUUCGAGGUUCGUGGAGAGCCCUCUGGUGCAAACCGUGCUGCAUUCAGACAAUUGGAAGAGCACAUACAGUAUGCGAGAGCUGGUCCCCCAGCGCGGGAGCACGAGUCGAGCAAGCUGUUUCGGAGUUCCGUAUAGUGAACAUUCGAGUUUCCGGGAGUUGACAAUGUUCUGCUGUGCGUUGAGGAUCGACAAGAUCAUUCCUACCGUCAAUAUUGGGAGUGCGAAGAGCCGGGAUAGUAUGAAGGCCUGGUGUGAGAGGUGGGCGGCGGAGAGAAAGAAGAAUGGUUUGUACAAAUUACCAGAGGACGGGAGUUGGUGA